CCUUCUUCAAUCGCAACAAACACAGUGCUCUCAAAACCAAAAAACAAUAGCGGAAGAAUAUAAGUAAGCAUUUCCAACCGUUCGAUCAAUCUCAAAAAAAUGGCAGUGUGUGUAGCAAAGGAGAGGAAGAUAUUGGUGGCCGUAGAUGAAGGACAAGAGAGCAUGUAUGCUCUCUCAUGGUGUCUCAACAACAUCCUCGUCUCUCAUAAUUCCAAAGAUACCCUCAUCCUUCUCUAUGCCAAACCACCUCGCCCCGUCUACACGGGCAUCGACGGAACAGGGUACAUGUUCUCGCCCGAUAUAAUGGCGACCAUGGACAGGUACACCAAUGAGUUGGCUGAGUCUGUGAUGGAGAAAGCCAAGAGGCUUUGCAAGGAGGUUCACCAUCUUGAUGUUAAGGUGGAGACGAGAGUGGAGUGUGGAGAUCCAAGAGAUGUGAUUUGUCAGGUCGCGGAGAAAUUGGGCGUUGAUAUGGUGGUAUUGGGAAGCCAUGGCUAUGGUCUCAUCAAGAGGGCUUUUCUAGGGAGUGUGAGCAAUCAUUGUGCACAGAAGGCAAACUGCCCUGUUCUAAUUGUGAAAAGGCCCAAAUCAAUUGCUCACGACAAAUAAAAACAAUGACUUCAAUUCUUACUUUUAUCAAUUUUUUUUUAUAUUUCUAUUUUGGUUGAGUUUGUUUUGCUUUGUUGUGAAAAAUUUCAAGAAUAUUUUACAUUUCUUUUUCUUGAAUGCUCUUUUUUUGCCCUUUUGUGUGUCUUCAAUAUUGGCGCUUAGAGCUUGUAUUUAUUGUAAAAAGUAAUUUAUGUGAACAUGUUUGGUUUAGGAUAAUUUUCCAAUAA